AUGAGAGCCGAUCUUGAGUCUGCCCGCAUCAAAUCACUGCCGGACGAUGGCUUCUACAUAGCGAAUUUCAUCUCGGAGGAUGAAGAGGAGUUUCUCCUCCGAAAGGCCCUGUGGGGAGGUUGGGCGCUCAUUGGAACCCCGGCUAUAGAUAACGACUGCGCCGCUACCCCGCUGGACUCAUCUAGCUCACCGGCGUCUUCAAUCCUGGCCCUCGGCCCUGACUAA